AUGUUGACAUCAUCAUCAUCGUCGUCGUCGAGUCAACAGUCAUCAUCAUCAAUGAAAGAUGUAACAAUGGUUGACUGCUUGGUAUCCGAUGAGUUAAACAAUACUAGUUCAUCUUAUUAUGGUCCGUUCAGUGGAUUGUUAGAGUUACCGACACAUUGGAGUUCCAAAGAGAAAGAGAAAUCCGGUAAUCUCGAUUUGAACUCGAGUAAUAUGCGUGUUACAUACAAGUCGCCAAAGGAGAAUGGCGAUGCCGGAUUGGUGCGUGCCAACCACCCGAUUCCACCGGCAUGCGGAAUCUACUAUUUCGAGGUGAAAGUCAUUAGCAAAGGCAAAGAUGGCUAUAUAGGCGUCGAGACCGUUAAACUAUUUGCAAAUGCAACAGGAAUCAAUGAUAGUAGUUUAGAGUCACAAUUAGAUGAUAUAAAGAAUAGACAGAAGAUUUCAGAUUUAUUAUUAAAUGGUGAUGUCGAAAAGGUGAUAGCAGAGUUGAAUAGAUUAUAUCCAGAAUUCCUUUUAAAGAGAAGAGACAUUUUAUUUAAGUUGUAUUGUCAAAAGUUUAUAGAGAUGAUAAAGGUUGCACCGUUGGAAGAUACAUUGGCAUUUGGCAAGGAUCUAUAUAAAUUCAUACAAGAGUCACCCGAGAAUGAAGCAAGUCUAAAUGAAGUAUUCUCUUUGAUUGCCUAUCAGGAUCCAUACUCAAGUCCUGUCUCCUACCUCAUGCAACCAAGUAGGAGAGAUCCAAUUGUUAGUGAUUUAAAUCGUGCUUUAUUAGUUUAUUGUAAUAAACCAUCAACACCAGUACUAGAAAAGAUAGUUAAACAGGUAAAGGUUGUCAUUAACGAAGUUGUUGUACAUAAUGCUGCACCCUCAGCCAUAUUUAUGAAUCUAAAUGAAUUUAUAGAGCACGAUGAAAACUAA